AUGGCCACGUUUACCAAGAUCCCGGAUACUGAAACCCCUGUGGUAUCGGUCAAUCACCUUAACAAGAUCGCAAAGAUCAAUGACAAUGUCUAUGGAGGUUUCACUGAGUAUGUCCCCUGUUCCCUAAGCUUGACCAUGUAUUAUGUAACUAACAUAUCAAAAGGNCAUAUGGGACGUUGUAUCUACGGCGGCAUUUACGACCCUGGCAACCCCCUAUCAGAUGAGAAUGGUUUCCGCAAAGAUGUAAUUGAAGCCUUCAAGGAGCUCAAUUGUCCCGUUGUCAGAUACCCUGGCGGCAAUUUUGUAGCUACUUACCACUGGCUCGAUGGAGUUGGUCCCAAAGACCAGAGACCUGUGAGACCAGAACUUGCUUGGCUUGGAGAGGAGAGCAACCAAUUCGGCACGGAUGAGUUCUUGAAGUGGUGCGAGGUCGUUGGCACUGAACCUUACUUUGCUCUCAACUUUGGCACUGGCACUUUAGAUGAGGCUUUGGGCUGGUUGGAAUACUGCAACUCUGACAAGAACACAUACUACGCCAACUUGAGACGUAAGAAUGGCCGUGAUAAGCCUUACAACGUGAGUCAUACUUCUUUUCUUACAUCAAGAGAAUCAGCAGCUGAGUUAUCGACANNGGUCAAAUACUGGGCUCUCGGAAACGAGAUGUGGGGACCCUGGCAGGUGGGCCAGAUGACCAAGGAGGCAUACGCAGACAAGGCCUACCAAUGGGCCAAGGCCAUGAAGCUGCUAGACCCCAGUGUGGUACUGAUUCUCUGCGGCGAGACUGGUUACAGCACUUGGGACAGCUACGUCCUAAAGGAGUGCGUGAAGUGGGAUACUCACACUUUGGGAGGCAGUACAACCGCCUCGCUCAUCGACAUGCACAGUAUCCACAUCUACACAGCCUCAAACGAUCACUUGAAGAACGCAACUGCGCCUCGUAGCGCCGAGCGUGCAAUCGAGAUUACUGGAGGAUUGAUUGAUCUCGUCCGUAUUGAGAACAAGGUGCCCUACACAGUACCAGCACCCACCAUCUGUUUUGACGAGUGGAACGUCUGGGAUCCCGUACGUGCUCCUGGCGACAUUGGUGCAGAGGAAAAGUACACUCUGUCAGAUGCUCUUGCUGUCGGAGUGUGGUUGAAUGUUUUCAUCCGUCAAGCCAAGUACAUCGGCAUGGCGAACAUUGCUCAGAGCGUCAAUGUCAUUUCACCUCUCAUGACAAGCAAGGACGGUAUCCUCAAGCAGACGACAUGGUGGCCUCUGCUGUUGUUCUCCAAGUACAUGCGCGGCUGGACCGUGGCAGUCAAUGUACGCUGUGGCGAGUACGAGGGCGAGACUGAGCCAAAGUGGAUCAGAGGCACUAUUGAAACUCCUUGGCUGGAUGUCUCUGCUACCAUUAACGAAGAGGGUGUUGUCAGUAUGGCUGUUGUCAACGUUUCCGACAGCAAGGACUUUUCCACAAAGCUCGAGGGUGUCGGUAGUGAGUCGGUCACAGUCUACACUGUCACUGGUGACAACCCCAUGGUUGCCAACACCAAUGGUAACGAGGAGGAGGUUGUCAUCAAAGAGACCAAGUGGGACGGCAGNGGCGAGUUUACCUUCCCCAAGCACUCAGUCACUAUGCUCAGGUGGAAGGCCUAA